UUUCAUGACGGGCCGUACAUUUCCGAUAGGAGUCAGAUCUGAUGGCCAGUCAGUCACAUCCACAUGUGUCACAUGUGUUGUAGCACAUAUGCAGAAUGAGACCUGACAUUGUCUUGAUCUAAUAAUAACCAUGGACUUCCCAUGAAAGAUCCUGAGGGCAGUAUAUGUCUCUGUACAAUCCCAAUAUGCGAGUUACCCAUGCCGUUUGCACUGAUGCACCCAUGUACCAUGACAGACGUUUGCUUUUGCAUUUGUCGCUGCUGAAAGUCUGGAUGGUCACUUUCAUCUUUGGGGCUACGACCUCAAUAUCCUUUUUUCCCCAGAAACAAGCUUAGUGGACUCAUCUGACCACAGCACAUAUUGCACUGUCUUUGGAACAUAUGAAAUGAGCUCGGGCCCAGAGAACUCACUGGCGUCUCUGCAUAUAAUUGAUGUAUAGAUUUCUCGUUGUGUAACAGAGAUUCAAGUUGCAUUUCUUGAUGCAGAGGCAGACUGUGUUCAGUGACACUGGUUUUCCAUACUACUCAAAAGCCUAUGUGGCUGUAUUUAACACAGCAGCAUGACAGUUUCUCAUGCAGUGCCAUCUGUGGGCUCAAAGGCCAGGCACAUUCAACUGAACUGUCCCGCCUCCAAUAGUUACUGUCGCUAUAUCCGACAAGCCAUGCCGCUCUCAUGCCACACAUUGUCACGCAGUGAAAAAUACACCACGGAGCAAAGAGGACACUGACAACGCGUCGACAAUCAAGACACAGCAGGUUACUUUUGAUAUGAAACAGUCUCAAAUUUCUAAUUUUGUAAUUUUUAAAGAAAUUUACACAAUAAAUACCAUUUUGUGGCUUUUUAAUGUGUUGUGACAGAUCACUGUAGCGCCUCAGAUCAAGCAGUCAUCUCUUCUUACUAGUUAAUUUAUAUCAUCAAAUAAACAUGAAUGAAUCACAUUUUAAUCACAGAAAGACGUCAGUACACAUCAUUUUUCAAGUUCAAGUCCACCAACGUUAAUCUACUAACUGCUUUGUUGGACAAAAUGGCAGUUUCUGCAUUAUUAUUGGUUAGAUCACCUGUCAAUCAAACUCACGGUCAGUUAUCUAAUGAAAUUUGGCACAAAAUAAUAUGAUUUUUAUGAUUUUUUUUUUUUUCAGCAGUGACAGCUCUAAUGCCUUUAUUUAAACUAUGCCACUAUACACAUAUUCAUGUAAUGAGUUCUGUGAGUUUCACUGUACUUUGUGUGUGUGUAUUUGUUCAGAUGAAGUCUGCCGGUGCUGGUGAUGAAGGACUCUUCACUGAGAGCUACUGUAACAUCUGCAACGCUCAGCUGAUCUCCGAGUCCCAGCGUGUGGCACACUAUGAGAGCAAGAAACAUGCCAACAAAGUGCGUCUGUUCUACAUGCUCCACCCAGAAGAUGGAGGACCACCAUCCAAAAGACUGAGACCAGACAAUCCGGACAGUGCAGAGAAUGAGGUGGACAGAAAUAAAUGUUGUACGCUCUGUAACAUGUUCUUCACAUCUGCCAUCGUGGCUCAGUCGCACUACCAGGGCAAAACGCAUGCUAAGAGAGUUCGCUUGGUGCUGGGAGAGUCACCAAGUCUGCCCACACCCACAGAGUCGGCCCCGCCCACCCCUCAGACCACAGACCCUCCCCCUCCCUCGUGGCAGCCGCUGACCAAUCACGGAGAGGCGGGCAAGUACUGCUGCUUGUGUGGCGCCUGGUUCAACAACCCACUAAUGGCACAGCAACACUAUGAAGGGAAGAAGCACAAGAGAAACGCAGCGCGGUCACGACUGCUGGAGCAGCUGGCUGGCAGUCUAGAUGCCAAUGAAAGUACAGGUCUGCGCCGGAGUUACUCAUGCAGCGUUUGCAAAGUGGUCCUGAACUCCAUCGAGCAGUAUCAUGCACAUCUCCAGGGCUCCAAACACCAAAACAAUUUGAAACAACAUCAGCAAUGAAGAACUGGAAAUACUGCAGCUGAAACAGAACACGAAGACCGUUUCAGGAAUUUACAGAACUGCACACUAACUGUGAACUCAUAAGAAAAGAUGUCUCGUUUGGCCACAGCAAUUGUUCAUCUACAAUAUCUGAGGCUCAUCAAAUGUCAAGUGUUUUAUUUUUUUAUUCACAAUCAAAAGCUAAAAGAUUGAUCUACUUUGGGAAUAUCGUCCGUCCUUCCAUGAGCAUAACGCAAAAGGAUGUCUAUGAUCAAUGAACUCUAGUGAUAUUCAUCAUGUAACAAGAGCGCACCAGCCUGAAUAGAGAUGCAACGGUCCUGCUACUUUUAUUUUUGCCUUUCAAACUCUUGUAUGCAGUGGCCUGUCAUUUCUCUGCUCUUCAAACGACUCAUCGCUGCUUUGGUCGUUCGCUUUGGCAUGCCUGUUACAGAAAGAUAUCAUCAAUCUUAUUCCAGUAAUUUUGUUGAGUACACGUCUCACUUGUGUGUGUGAAUGCUGCCGGUGAGGAAUCAAUUCAGCUGCCUUUGUGUGAGAUCUCUUUCAGCUAUGAUCGAAAUCAACAUUUCAGCACUAAUUCCAGCACUGUUCUCACAGACUAAACACACGUCCUGUUUAUUCACACCACGGUCAGUGUCGCAGAGGGCAGGACAUUCCUACAGAGCUGUGAUGCUGUUUAAACACUGAUGUCAAAUGGAAUAUGCCAUCAAUAUAAAGGAGUCCAGAUGCAAUGAGUUGGCAUUUUUCACUCUGACUCAAUCAAGUAUGAUUCACAUGGACGUAAAUGUGUGAACCAGGCUCUGAGCUUUAUCAAAAUCUAUGCCAAAAUGACUGCUUGUAAAACCAGAGCUCAGUGCCUGCUGUUUUAUGUAUGAAUGCUCUUUUUUUUCUUUUUCUUUUUUGUUGUGGCAUAAAAAAAUAAAAAAGUGGUGUUUUCCUUAU